UGCGGUAUGUAUAGCACCGGAUAGGUACAGCAGUGCUAUGAAAUAGUCUCCAGAAAGCCGUGGCCGUUCAAAAGUAUAGAUUAUCUAAACACUAGAUUUUAAUUAAAAGCAUUUAUGUAAGAAAAAAAUAAAACAAAAAUUCCAAUAAAAUACUUAGGAAUUCUUGAAUUUAUACGGUGUGAAUCUUUACAACACGUGCUACGUCAACAUGUCAGUCGGAGAUUUGAACUUUACAACGGCCAAGCCAUUAGAUGUCAACCGAUAUGCAACCAAGAAAACUAUUGCUCAGGGGAUGUUGGAUAUUGCUUUGUUGACCGCUAAUGCAAACCAAUUGAAGUACAUCCUACAAGUAGGUGAAAAACACGAGUUUUACAAGCCUCUGUUGGUUCUGAUUGCUACUUCUAUAUUCUUACAAGUGCUCAUUGGUGGGAUAUUCUUGGUUGUCGGAGGGCUGGACAUUAAGAAAGAAAAGGAUCAAUGGAAGUGUUUGAUUUUAAACGAUGUUUCUGUCAUCAUUGUUUUCCUGAUUACUAUUAUCAAUAUAACUAUAUCAGGUUUUGGGUUUGACGUUAGUUCAACGGUGGGCACCAAUUUAAAAAAAAUAAGUUAAAUCAUUCAUCAAGUGAUUCAUCACCUUUCACAUUUUUAUAAAAAAAUUACUCGAUUUUCAAUAUCUGUUAUUUAAGAAAACAUAUCUAACAGACAAAUGUAUAUUUAAAAA